AAUUAAGGAUUUUUUAUUUUUAUUUAAAGAAGUAACAACUAUAAUGUCUGAAUUUACUUAUCCAACACUUUCUGCUACUAUUCCUUUAUAUAAUAUUCUUAUUGAUCAUGUUGAAAAUGUUAUUGGAGAUGAAAAUGAGAAAGUUAUUGAAGAUGUAGAUAAUGAUGAAUCUGAAGCUAAUAGUGGCAACAACAAUGAGAAUGAAUGGAGUCAAAUUAUAAAAAAUGCUGCGAAAAUAUGCAGAUUAAAAUUGUUGGAGUAUUACAACAAGACAAAUUAUUCAUAUUUAAUUUCUACUAUUUUGGAUCUAAGAUUGAAAUUACAAUAUUACAAGGAUAAUGAAUGGGGAGAUGAAUUAAUAAAUGAUAUUCAAUAA